AUGUCCGUGCCUACUCAGACAUCUGUCCUGGUGGUUGGUGGUAGCCCAGCUGGGUCGUACGCUACUUCCGUACUGGCCCGAGAAGGUGUCGAUGUCGUACUUCUUGAAGCCGACGAGUUCCCCAGAUAUCACGUGGGAGAGAGUAUGCUUGCAUCCAUGCGAUUUUUCCUGAGAUUUAUCGGCCUCGAGAAGACAUUCGAUGAACAUGGGUUUGAGAAGAAGUUCGGAGCAACGUUUAAAAUCACCACCAAGAAGGAAGCCUAUACUGACUUCGCCGCUUCCCUCGGCAAAGGAGGGCACUCAUGGAAUGUGGUCCGUUCCGAGUCAGACGAGCUAUUGUUCAAACAUGCCGGAAAGAGCGGUGCCAAAACCUUCGACAAAACCAAAGUAGAUUCUAUCGAGUUCGAGCCAUACUUACACGAUGGCUUUGUUGCAGAGGAUCGCCUGGCCAACCCAGGACGUCCUGUAUCUGCAGCUUGGUCUCGCAAGGAUGGCACCAGUGGAACCAUUAACUUCGACUAUCUCAUUGAUGGUAGCGGCCGUAAUGGGCCUGAAAAAUAUCGCCAUCUGGAGUUACUGGAAGGGUGCAAAGCGCUACAAGCAGAGGCAGGAAAACAGAACUCCCCUUUCUUCGAGGCUCUGAGCGGCUUAACAGAUGUCAGUGGCUGGGUGUGGGCCAUACCUCUCCACAACCGCACACUCUCGGUAGGCGUUGCAGCUCGCCAGGAUUUCUUCGCGAGGAAGAAAGCCUCUCAGUUUGAAGGAAAAGAGUUCUAUAGAGACUAUCUCAACCCUGUGCCGGGCAUCAGGUCUUUGCUGGAGGAUGCUGAGAUCGCCGCGGACCUUAAGCAAGCAUCCGACUGGUCUUACAGCGCCUCUGCCUAUGCCAAUCCUUACUUCCGUGUGAUCGGCGAUGCUGGCUGCUUCGUAGAUCCAUACUUCUCCUCCGGUGUCCAUCUGGCUCUGACGUCUGGACUUUCCGCAGCUAUUUCCAUUCAAGCUGCUCGACAGGGUCAAGCUGAUGAGCGUAGCGCUGCUAAAUGGCACACUACCAAGGUCUCCGAAGGCUAUACACGUUUCUUGUUGUUGGUCAUGACUGUCUUGCGCCAGUUGAGAAUGAAGGAGGCACAACUAAUUACUACGGAGGAGGAAGAAGGCUUUGAUAUGGCCUUUAAGAAGAUUCAACAGGUUAUUCAAGUCCAGAAGAAUGCAGCUAAGGCCGUUGACUUUUCGCUUGAGUCUUUUGAGGUCACUCCCGAGAUGCAGCGUGCUGUAAUUGACAAGAUUGAAAAAUCCCAGGCAGCACCUGAAACACGCGAAAAGCUCACGCCUGAGGAGGUACACAUUUUGAGUGGUAUAGUGACCCGAACUUUUGCGCGUGAGAAGGAUGAGCUGAAUUUAACUAGCUUCACUGGGGAUGUCAUUGAGGGGAUCUCGGCAAAUCUAGUGCAUGGUGACUUGGGGCUCAUUAGACCAGAGGCGAAGGAAACUAUCCCUGAAACUAGUACCAUCAUGGGCGCGCCUGUUAUUGAAAAUAUCAAGACGAUGGCGUAA